UCAAACAUCUUAAUAAUUACACUUAAGAAUCUCAUAAGAGCUUACUUUGGAGUGAAAUCAUUCUUUGCUUAAAGUGGUCGGUAAAACAGAGUUAUCAAGCAGCUUACACUUUUUCAUAGAUAAGUCUUGAGACAUUCUCAAGAGUAACGCUUAAGUGUGUUUUUGCGACAAUCACAGGUGCUGCAAAUAAAAGGAUUAAGAUGAUGUCAUCAAUUGCCAAAAUUGCUAAGAGAGAAGAACCAAUCAGCUUUUGGGAAAUGUGUUCUAUUGAUGGGUCAACAGAAGUUUUCAAUAAAGUUAAACACACCCUCAUUAUGAAAGCUCCCUUGUUGUCUAAUGGUAGUCAAAUGGAUGUGAAAAGAAAGCAGAAUUGGACUGUGGAAGAAACGGUGAUGUUGGUAGAGGAGGUGGAGGCAAAGAAGGAAAUAAUUAAGGGAAAAUUUAGCCCCACACUUACAAGUCGACACAAAAAAGAAGUUUGGAAGCAGAUCGCAGACAGCAUUAAUGCGAGCUUCUCCUCCACCAUUCGGAGUCCACAGGAAUGCGAAAAGAAAUGGUACAAUGUUUUAUCCAAAGCGCAUCAGGAAAUCUCCACUGUCAAGAAGGCAACAUCUGGCACUGGUGGAGGUCCUGCGCCUAAACCUUUAAGCGCAGUGGCAGAAGUAGUUCUCCACAUCCUUGGAGAAAACAAUGCCACAAUCAGUGGAGUGGGUGACUGUCAGGAUGCUGCACUACUCAAACUGCAGGCCGUAGUAAGUAAUGUAGAUGAAAACACCAUCUCGUCCCCUCAUGAGCUGCCUGUGGAGCUUCCAGGACCAUCUGGCAUUCCCUCUCCAGCAGCAGGCCCAGAGCCCCGGCUCCCUGAGCCCCCACUGGCCACUGCCACUCCACGGCUCAACCCGGACGAGGUGGAGGACAUGGAUGCACUGCGGUGAGAAGAGUUGCGGAUGAGCAUAAUAGUUUUAAGGAUGAAGGAGCAUUAUUAUGAACUAAAAAUAAAAAAGAUGAAACCUUGCUUAUUGCUGUCUUUUUAAAAAAAUCCACUCAGCACUUAUAAUCAAUAGAUUGGGGGCAGGAGUGCAACGGGAGCAAAAUAAAAAUGUAUUUAUUACCCAAAAG